AGGGCCGGGGGCCGAGCCUCAGUGACGCCUCCCGGUCCCCAUUCGCUGGGUCCGCCCGCCCAGCCCUGCCCAGACUGCGGGAGCGGCGCGCCCACAGCCCCGCCGGGCAGCCCCGGACAGCGCCGGCAGCCCCGCAGGCAGCGGGCAGCACCGGACAGCGCCCGCAGGCUCCCCUCUCAGAGAUAGCCCCCGGGGGGCACCUCAGAGACAAGAUGAACCCCACCGUUGGCAUCGCUGUUAUCCUGACAGUCCUCCAGGCCGCCCACUGUCAGAUGAUCAAGGACCUGAGUGCCUGCCUGCUGGGCCAGAACCUGCGCGUGGACUGUCACUACGAGAACAAAACCAGCAACCCCCUGACCUAUGAGUUCAGCAUCACCAAGAACAACAGGAAGCACGUCAUCCAGAGCACCAUGAACAUCCCGGAGAACAUCUACCGGAGCCGGGCCAACGUCACCAUGUACAAGAACCUGGUGUGCCUCCACCUGCAGAGCUUCACCACCAGCGAUGAGGGUGUCUACAUGUGCGAGCUGAAGGCCACCAACGACUACACCGGCAACCAGAUACGGAACAUCACCGUCAUCAAAGGUGAGCUGGGCAGUGGCACCUGCUGGUCGUUCAGCCUCUCCUUCCCACCCUCUCUUGGGCUUGGCAGGGCCAGCAGAGAAAACACAACACCCAAGCCCUCCCCGAUCCCCAUAAAGGUUUCCCAGCCCUUCCUACCGCAUCCCCACAGAUGGGCUCACUCUGCGCCAUCUCACUUUGCCUCUUUUGGGUCCCACCCUGGGCACAUCACCCAGGUGUCCUUUCACAGGGAGGCCAGGAAGGGACACCAGGCACACGGGGAGCUGAGCGCCAGCAUCGCCAGGACAGAGGAGCUCGGCUGGGGUCCCGCCUGCCUCCCCCCCGGUGCCACCCACAGCCCCAGGACAGUCGAUGCCUCCAGGAGAGCCCUCUGA